UCCUCUCUGAACUGCUUUCUCUAUGGUUGCCCUCGCUCUCCUUUCAAGGCUCCUCAGCAAUUCAUAGGCCGCGCCAGGCUGCCCAUCUCAUCCGGGUCCUUUGGAGGCGCAGACGCAGUACGGCCUAGCGGGAGUGGUGGCGGCGGCGACGGGCAGAGGGGAGGCCCCAGGCAGAGACGCUCAGUUCGGCAGCCGCUGGGAGGAUGGCGGCGGAAGGGCCCGAGGCUCCCGCCAGUCCCGGCGGGGAGGGCCUCCCGGGGGCCGAGGCUGGUGAGAGGGGGGCGGGUCGGAGAGGUGUCCGUUGGUCACGCCUGCGUUGGUCACGGCCGGGGGUGGGGAGGACGGGGCUCCAAAGCGUGGACGGAGAGGGGGUCGACACUACGUACUAGAACCCCAAACCCAGCACGCGAACAAAGUCCUUUGUCCCCAAGUGCCUCUCUACCCCAGCGCGCAGUUUCCAACGGGGGCACUCCGGUUUCCCCCUGGGAAGUUCACUAUGCACGACAUGGCGUGUGCUGCCCCUCGCAGGUACACUGCUUCUGUCCAUGGGGGCUUCGUUCCUGGCUGACAUGCGAGAGUGGACCUGGCAGCCACCGCACGUGGGCAUAGAGAGAUACAUGAGAUCCUUUUAGGGGAGGAAUGUAAUAAUGGAGCCUAAUUUGCUUUCUAUGAGAUGUCCUGCUGCCGUCUGCCAAGUCAGACUUUUGGUCUGUCUGCCCUAGAAUUGUCCACUACUAGCAGGCAGUGGCUCUUGAAUGUUUUGGUAGAAGUUUCUCCUGGCCCACCUACCCAACGACCUUCUUUAUCUUCAGGACUGAGACUGCGGAGCCCUGCUCUGGAUUCUCCCCUGAAUAGAAAAGCUUUUCCCUGUCUCUUGGUUAGAGGUGACUUACCACAGGCAAAAUUGUUCAUUUUCAAGCCUGAGUGAAGAAAAGUCCAAAAGGGAACUGUUGGAGUGGCUAUUGGAGAAUGCAUUUUCCAUUCAUAUAUGCAUUUGUUGAAAAUAUUUGGCAGGGAGAGAGAAUUAAUGUGCACAGCAGAGAGAGCAAAGUGCUGCUUGCAGAAUCAAGGCAGGAGGUUUGUUGCUUAGCCAGGAAAUGCCAGGGUGGUUGGGGCAUUCCUUGCCCUUCCCAUGGCCCAUCUUCAGAACAGCACAGUUAGCCUUUGUUAAGCGAGGGGCAACAGAACUAGGUUUCAGAGAGAACUGGAAGAAUUCUCAUUACCUUUUGUUGUUCCUAAAUCCAAUAGGUCCUGACCAAGAUGUGCUUCCUAAGCCAGCGAGUAACGGGGCCCCAAACCCAGAUGAGGCAACGCCAGCGCAAGAGUGCAACGGGGUCAGUGUAGAAUCCACUGCUCUGGCCCUGCGACCUGAGCCUGCCAAGGAGGAAGCCCCUCAGCCCUCUGCUCCCGACGUGGUCAUGCACAUGGCAAUCAACCCCCCCAUGGAGGAGCUCUCCAUCACAUAUCCGCUGGAGUUUGAGCGGUACUGGAGAGCGGCACAAGAGAACCCUCUAGACUUCACUGCAUGGACUGAGCUGCUGCAGUAUGUAGAGCAAGAGGUAAGCUGAGGGGUCCACCUGCAAGCUUGGAUUGAAUUGUGUGGUUAACUGUUGAAGCGCAAGUUAAUUGUCCCUAAUUGGAGUGAGGCUUACCCGAUGAAAGAUAACAGCUUUAAUAAGGCAGGUGCCUCCUUUUCCUUCACAUUUACAGUAGCCUGCUGUGUUUUGUGUGCCUAGCUUCACUUCUUUCCUCUUUCCCACUUGGGCAGAAUCACAUCUAUGCAGCCCGCAAAGCCUUUGACAGCUUCUUCCUGCGGUACCCUUAUUGCUACGGCUACUGGAAGAAAUACGCAGACAUGGAGCGGCGCUUUGACUUCAUCAAGGAGACCGAGGAGGUGAGGAGGGGCCGGAGGGGAUUCCGCACCUCUGCCCCCCCUUCUGUUCCUUUUGUGUGUGUGUGUCCCUGGGACGCACCCGGUUCAGACCACCGCUAGCCAGACAUAGGGGAGCUGCACGCUCCUUAAAGGUGCUGCAGAGUAAGCAGGCUCCAGGUAUCUCCUGCAAGUGAGCCAAGCCACCUCACACAACAGGAUAAGGCAAAAAGCCUGCGUGUCUGGUGUCUUCUUAGCUUCAGUUGGGGUAGGUGGACUCUGCAGGGAUGAGUUAAGCUUUGCAUUCACUCUCUCCAGAAGGACAAAAGCUCCUACCUCAACAUGAUGUUCCUGGUUUUGUCAGCCCCUAGUGCUUCAGAGGAAAGGAGGGAAUCCAAGAUCUUAAGGGUGAAGGAUUGGAGGCAAGGGGUUGAUGGGGAGCAGGGAAUAAAAACUCUUCCUGGCCUCUCCUCCCCCAGUUCUCUACAAAUGAAUAAGUAUUUACAAAUCAUUUCUCUGCUACUGUUGUUGCUCCUCAGGUGUUCCAGCGAGGCCUGCAGUCCAUUCCCCUCAGCAUGGACCUGUGGAUCCAUUACAUCUCCUUUCUGCAGUCCAGCUUGGAUAUGAACCUUCCAGAUUCAGCUCAGAAAAUCUGCGGGUAGGUCGUGUCAGAGGGAGGAAGGGACUUCCUGUUGUAACCCUGUGUGUGAAAGAGAGAGAGAGAAGUGAUAAUUUGGAAGCCUGAUUCUCCUUACAAGACUCAGGAUGCUGAGUGCCAUGGCCCCUUUUGUGCAAUAUUGAGAAAUACAUAGCAAGCAGGUCUCCAAAUCUUACUGGCCAAACAAAUUGUGUCCUUGCCUCCUUACCACGUGUGUAUACUGAGUUCCAGGAGCACCUCCAGGGCCAGCAUAACUGAGCAGGCAAGGUACUCAUGAUAUUCUGUUAGCUGGAAAAGUAGAAUAUGGGUGGGGGUGGAAUGGAGUUUCCUAGAGGACGACUCUGCGAUAUUCUGUCAUGGCUCCUAUUUGCAAAUACUGAUCACAUCUCCCUGUGCCUGUGCUCUGGUCCUCGCAGCACCUUUGAGUCGGCAGUGGCGGCCGCAGGGGUGGAUUUCCGUUCGGACAAACUUUGGGAGAUGUACGUGGAGUGGCAGAGGGAGCAAGGGGACCUGAAGGCCAUCACCGCCAUCUAUGACCGAGUGCUGGCCACCCCCACCCAGCUGUACAGCCACCACUGGGAAAAGUAAGUCUUGUGGGAGGCUACCGGGGGGGGGGGGCGGCUUCCACACUUUGUUCAAGAGCUGCAAUGUGAGUGUCAGAGCUUCAGGCUCCCAAGUGAGGUGUUGGUUUGUGUGAGAAGGAAACUCGCUAAACAUGCCCACAGGAGGCAGGGGCAGCUGCAGCACUUCAGGAUGGGGAGUCCUGGAUGUAGCGAUGCACCCCACCUGCAUAACACCCCAAGGAGAGAAAUUCCAAAGAAGGAACCCUGUCCAUGUUUUGCUAUUGAUACAGUCAUCCUUGAUUUAUGCUUUUGUCCUUCUUCCUUUCAAUUUGCUGAGAGUAGCAGACAGGGUUCUCUCUCCCCCGCUUCUCUGCCCAUUAUCCUCAGAACAACCCUAUGAGGUAGGCUAGGCCAUGGGAGAGAGCGACUGGCUCCAGGUCACCCUGUGAGGCUUUUGAGGAAUUUGAAUCAGGCUUUCACUGCUCUUGGUACCAGCCCUCUCCACUGCACCAAGUGGUUGCUUCACACUUUGCACAACUCAACCUGUCCAUCAAGAUGGAUGUAUUUCAAACUUUUAUCAGCAUUUGAAGUCAUGGAAUCGGAAAGCACCUUAGGAAUCGCUAUGCAACAUGGCACUUUCAUUCUCUAUGUUCACAGUAGCCCUGUGAGGUAGGCUGUGUUGUGCCGCGAAAUGAUUUCUCAGUGGCCACACCCAUUUAGCUUCAUUGGCUGAGUGUGUCUUCCACAUGCACAGCUGGCACUGCCAAAAUAUACCCAUAAUACAGAUUAGGGGAUGGGGUGGAGGGCGAGAGGCCACCCAGACACUCCCCGCCUCCCAGGUCCCAUCUCCUGAGAGAGCUCAUGUAACCGAGGUGGGGGGAAUAAGGCAGUCCCUCAGCCAGGAAUGCCUGAGAGAAUGAUCUGCAGGCUCUGCUUUUUCCUGAGCAAAGCUAUGAAGGUGCUGGCUUAUAAAGUGGUGUUAUCUGCAGUGGGUGCACCCAAAAUUCAGUUAAAGGUUGUGAAAAGACUUGCAGACGUGACUGUCCUUUAGAAACUAGAUAUUUGUGGAUGUGAUUGGAUAUCUCUGAUAUUUUGUAAGGGAAGUUUCUUACUGUGUUGUAAAUAAAUAUUGAAAAUGUAAUUCACGUGACGGGCUUAGGUAUGUUGUUCUGUUGCCCUUCCCCACUCUUCCCCCUUCCAACUCUGCCUUAGGGGUACGAUCCUGCUGACUUCCCUUAACAGUCUUGUGGUAAAGGUUUUACUGAGAUAACAUCUAUGGCAUCGUCAACUUAAGGUCUUGAAUCAGUGCUUAGUAUUAUUAGCUGCUGUGGGGCACCAUUCUGUUGUUGGCACAGUACCAGACCACUGUCCCCUCCCCAGUUCUCUGCAGCAUCCAAACUCCCCCUUUGCUCCAGAGUGGGCACCCUGCCUUGCCUUGCCUGCUCCACCUUUCUCUCAAAGAACAGGAUUGUCUUUCUCUUCCCUUAACGCAGGUUCAAGGAGCACGUGACCAGCCAUCCCCCCAGAGAGAUUCUCUCCACGGAGGAGCUGCUGUGGCUGCAGUCGAAGAUGGCCUCUGAGACAGUGGCCAAGGCCACCGAAAUGGAGGCCGAGGAGGCUCCGCCUGGAGAGGACGUCCCACUGAAGACAGAAGCCAAGCAGGAGAUGGUGGAAGGGAGCCAAGUGCUGGUGGGUACCAGUGUGGCUGGCUGCUCUGCUUUCUCUGGUACUUGGGUGGGCCUUCCUGGGCUCUGCAUACUGAUUACAGUAUUCAAUGAAAGAGAAAGAGUGGGUAGAAAGAGAGCUUCCAUCCUUAGAGGCAGUAUACCAUUUAAGUGUCUGGUGCUGGGAACAAAAUGGCUGCUGUGGUUCACGUCUCGCGUCUUGUUCGUGAGCUUCCCAUGUGCAUUUAGGCUCUCUUAAGGCUCUUUCUUGAGUGCUUCCAUGCCUUGCGUGACCAGGGGCUGAGCUGUGCUCUUGGAUUUCAGGGACCUCUGGACCAGGACAGGAUCCGGGAGCUCGUGAUUUCUAUUCGCCAGCAUAUCUACACCCAGAAUGAGAGCGAAGUCAGCAAGCGCUGGAAUUUUGAGGAAGGGGUUUGUAUAGCUGAGCCGCUGUUUGGUCAGUGCUUUCUGUCUAGGGCUUUAACUUUUUCUAAGAACCUGGCUAGCAGCUGUCAGUCUCUCUGCUGUGGUUAUGUGGGAGAAGCAGCUCUGCUCAGUUCUUCCCUGCUUCUAAAAAACAAGCCACUUGGCUUCUUGCCUUUAAGGCUGCGGAAUGAGCCUGAGAAGCUUCAAAAGCCAGGCCUGCCUGUGUUGCCUCCUUGGGCCUUUCUCCUGUUAGCUUGGGGUUCACUUGCUUGACAGCCAGACACUGUGAGGCUCCUCCCCCUGCCUUGUGAGGUUUAUGCUUGGAAAAGUUGUCCAGGGCUCAUGCAAAGCCAAAAGGGGUGACGGAUGGCAGAGUGCUUCUGUAGGCCUGAAUUGCCAAAUAGGCUGCAUAUGGCGGAGCUGGGGGAUGGAUCCUGUGCCCUGCCAGUGUGACAUAGAGCUUUUACUUUGAGGCUGAAGUGCUGAUGUGCACCGAUGCCAGUGCUCUCCAUUCCUUGCCUGUCUUGCGUCAGCCAGAAAAAGUGUGCGAGGUCCCCCUCUCUCUGGACCUCAGCCCCAGCAGGAUUGGGGAAUUUAUCUCCCUGCUUUCCUUUUGCCUCUCCCGUUGAGCUCCUUCCCCCUCCCCUCCUUUUGUUUUAGAUCAAGAGGCCCUACUUCCACGUAAAGCCACUGGAGAGAGCCCAGCUGCGGAACUGGCGGGACUACCUGGACUUUGAGAUUGCCAGCGGCUCGCACGAGCGCACCAUCGUGCUCUUUGAGCGCUGCGUCAUUGCCUGCGCCCUGUAUGAGGAGUUCUGGAUCAAGGUGUGUGUUGGCAAGAUGUGCUUCCUCCCCUGAAUGCCCCUGGACUGCCCCAUGCAGAGGAAGGAAGCGGCUCCUUCUCUGCCCUUCAGGCAGUCCCAGAGGCUGUGGUUUAAACUCCUCCCUUUAUGAACAGCCUCUUGUUUCGUUAGGCCUCCUCCUCCAGAAAGUGCAUAUUGUCUCGCUGAGGGUGUCCCCAUGGUGGGCUCUAGUUAGAUGGAUAAAAUACUGGUGUCUGCCCAGAUUACAGAAUGGUCCCCACACAGGAGAAGGAGGCAAGCAACAGCUUUGCCAUGAUGGGGCAAAAAAUUAGCACUGGCUUUUUCAGAAACACAGUGACAGAACGUGAUCUCUUUGGGUUAAGCUCCUUCUGACCAGAGCUGCCAUCGCAGGUGUGCAUCCAAGCUGCUUUUCAUACCACCCUCUGCUUCUUCUGUUCCCUUUUCCCCUCCAUCCAGUACACAAGGUACCUCGAGAACCACAGUGUAGCUGGGGCCAGGAACGUCUUCCAGCGAGCUUGCUGCUAUCACCUCCCUCGGAAGCCCAACAUCCACCUCCUCUGGGCAGCCUUUGAGGAGAAACAAGGUGAGGAGAAUAAGGUGCACUGCCUUGCCAGCCCCCUCAGUUUUCUAGCCCAAGGAGCUGCUCGUCCCAUGCUGCUAAAAUCUUCUGUUGAUCAGCCGUAAGCUGCCUAGGCCAGGGGUUGCCUUUCAGGGUUCACAGAAUUCUUCACCAGCCAAACAUUUCUACUGAACUUGAAAAGAUUGAAAUAUUAAUUUUUUUGUCAAUGUCCAGAUGGUGUGCCAUGAAAGAGACAUUGUAAGUGUAAACAUUUCCACUUGCACAACAGGACUCCUCGCACACAUGUUCCCCUCAAAAUCUGCUCUAGGCAGUUGGGGGAACCCCUAGAACAGAAGGAAGGGGUGUGGGGAGAAGUCCUGUUGCACAAGCGGAAAUCUUUGUGCUGGUGGGACACUGCUUUGGAUGCAACCCAUUGUAGGAUAUUUGUUGAGAUUCCCAGAGGCAGCUGACAUAGGCAGGGUGGGGGGUGAAUGGUACACAGUUCGCUCCCUUCAACUCCAGGGGAACUGGGCCAGGAGGGGCCAGGGCAGUGGGGAAGAUCUCCGAAUGGCCAGGAGGAUGCCUGCUCGUUGUCCUUGCUGAAGUUGUCACGGAUUUUUGGAGGAUAGUAAUUUGAACUCGGCUCUUCUAAGCUCUCAGCACAGCGAAUGCAGGUGUUUUCACUCUGUCCACCCCCCCACCCCCCAUGCAGGAGAGGUGGAGGAAGCCCGGCGCAUCUUGAAGUCUUUUGAGGACUGUGUGCCUGGGCUGGCCAUGGUGCGUUUGCGGCGGGUGAGCCUGGAGCGCCGGCUGGGGAACAUGGAAGCGGCAGAGGCCCUCCUGAUGGAAGCCAUCCGGGAGAACGAGGGGAUGCCUGUCUCUUCCUUCUAUUCUGUCAAACUAGCCCGGCAGGUUUUGAAAGUGCAGAAGAACCUGAUCAAAGCCCGGAAGAUACUCUUGGAGGCACUGGAGAAGGAUCCGGUAAAAAAUACUGGGCGUUUGCUAAGGGGGAGUGGGGAGAUGGGGACCUUGAAGGUCGGCAUCCAAAAGUGAGGGACUGGUAUAGUUUUCAACUUCUCUGAUUCCACUUUGCACAGCAUUUCAGAGAUUUGAGAUAGAUUUGAGUGUGGCUUUCUAGAAGUCUGGUUGUCAGUGUUGCGCAUGGUCAUGUGUGCGCACCCUCCUUGGGGGUUCCUGGCACCUCCUAGAGCCACCAAGAGAAGUGUGGUGGGGCUUAUUACCGCAUGUCUGCCAUUGCUGUAUGUGUAAACAGCUGCCUCUUCCUGCAUUAUUCCUCUUUGAGGUGGGAAGUGCAGAUCAGCCCUGAAUGUAUCUAAUCUUUCUUGAAAAUGUUAAAAGUUUCAGCCCACUCAGUCAUGCACAAAGUUCUGGAGCUUCAUAGCUGAAGCUUCCUCCUUGCAUCAUUCAAGUGUGAAAUAAAGCAAUCCCUUUGAACAGCAGUGAACUGCUUGCAUCCUACAGGAGGCAUUACUUGGAAACGCAGCUCAAUAAAGGCAUUUCUUAAGGAAGCUGAUGAGAGUUUGGUUAGAUAGCUACCUCUAAAAUGCUCUAUUAUCAAGAGUGGAUACCAAGGGGAAAACAUGGUGUUCUAAUUGCAGGUCUCUUCUGGAUUCUAUCCAGAAGAGCCAGUCCCUUAGUUGACAUUAAUUCAAGGUGAAAGCAAAGCUCAGUUCUGCUUGCCUUUGCCUAUCCUGGCUGUCUUAAGAGGAAUAAAAAAGCAUUUUCUACAGGAUCCCAAAUUUUUUCCUUGGGACCACCUAGAUAGACUUACCGUAAUGCUGGCCAAUUUUUGCCAACCCUUUAUUUUGAGCUGCAGGUUUUCCUUUGCGCUGAACACAAAGACAGAGAUGGCCUGGAUUCUUUCCUUCCAAGUUUUGUCCCCAACUUUUCUGAGUGAUGUUUUCUGCUGCAUUUUCCUUUGAUGCAGGACAAUGCCAAGCUCUACGCCAAUCUGUUAGAAAUGGAGUUCAGUGCUGACGUCCGGCAAAAUGAGGGCAACACCAUGAGUAGCUUCGACCGAGCCCUGACCAGCGGUCUCCCUCUGGAGACCAAGAUUAUAUUCUCCCAGCGGAGGGUGGAGUUUCUUGAGGACUUUGGGUCCAGCAUCAACAGGUAACAAAGAGAGGAGUACAGUGAAAGGGGGCCAGACUUGCAGGCCAUGUGCCAACAGAGCUUUUUUCUCUCCCAAUAUUUCUUCUCCUUUUUGCAUUGGCAGCUUACUGACAUCGUACGACGAGCAUCAGAAACUACUGAACCAGCAAGUGAUGAGGAAGAGGCUCCUGGAGAAUGGGUGAGGAACUCCUUGGCCACUGAGGUCCUUGGCCUUUGUUUGGCCUCUGUUGUCUGUUUAGGAGGAGGAGGUGACCAACACAGUCUUCCUCACUGAGGCUGUGGACCUCUGCACGUGUACUUUAGGGGGACCUUUGUUGAAAUUGGUACAAUGUACUUCGUACGAUGGAUUAAGUUUGGGCUGCAUGUCUACUGUGAAAGCUAGUCUGGCACAGGACCCUGCUUCCAAUCUCCCCUCUGCCUUGAACUCACAAGAUGACCUAAGGCCAGCCACAGUUCUCUGCCUCGGUUCCCUCACUUGCAGUAUGGGGAUAACAGUACUGGUCUCUCCUAGAGCUCUGUUGUGCCGAUAAUUCAUAUGAUUUAAAUGAUUCAGAAGUACUGUGUUUUCCCUACAUGACACUUUCCCUCACUCAGGGGUUCAGGGUUUCUUUCCUUUUUAAAAUGGUUAACUUAAAAAAAACAACCUGACCGUCAUGCAAAAAACCCUGCGGUGUUGAAGGAGAUCAGGGUGGAGAUUGUGCACCAGGGCAUCUUAUCUUAUUUGUGUUUUUGUCACAGGCCCACCCCACUUAGCUUUAUUUGCCAAUUCUGUUCCCUCAAACUUCCUUCUUGCUCUUCUGCAAAAUAAAAACCCAGGCUUUAUAGAAGCUCACCAUUGUGUGAGCUUUGUAUUGUCCGUUUAACUGUUCAAGGUUUCUUCCCACUGCUUUAAGGCAUGCCAAGGUUUUCUAUAGACUUGGGCCCCUCCCUCAUAACGAGUGGAUUUAGUGAUGUUUCCUGGCUGAGACAUCUCUCUGUGCACCUUCUUUACAAUCUUAAAAGCCAUUGGUUAUUUCUCUCCCCCCCCCCUUAAGAUCUUAGGGGGAGGGUGUCUGUGGCAUCAUAGACAUUAGUGUUAGUUAUGUUGCUGUGACCCAGCAUGAGGUCCUGAAAUACCAGCUGGACACCAGUCCCCUAAUGCACGUAUUACAUUCCUGACUGCCACUGCUAAGCCAGGCCUCUAGGGCAGCCAGAGAUGCCCACUCCCUUCCAGGAUGCUGACUGCCCUUUUUUAAACUUCCGUGCAGUGCUGAGGAGGCCGAUGAAAAAAGGAUGAGACUUGAGGAUGCUGCUGCAGCUGCAGGAGGCGGCAGCCUUGCAGUUGCAACAACAGGCAUCACCCCUUUGAUGGCAGCAGAUGUGAGCAACAGCAGCACAACAGGAGCUUAUAACUAUAACACUUGGUACCAGGUGAGUUGCAAGAGACUUCUAUAGACAUAGCAGAGGUGGCUGAAACAGACUCUUGGGACCAGUUCCUAGUUAGCUUGACAGGUAAUACACACAUUACUGAGGUAGCUUUUUGAUUUGAGCCAGCUAGGUGGUUUGCACAACCCAGUUGAACAGAGUUAAUUUGGGCCAGUUUGAGUAGACAGCUUAGCUUAGGCCUGUUGAGCCAAGCAUUCUGUGUGAACAAGCCUUCCAUGGAACUUUUUGCUGUUGGGGCGGAAGGAAGGCUGUCCACAAAAUAAAUAAUGUAAUUUAUUUAAAGCCGCUUGGCAAAAUUGAAAUAAAUAAAUUUAUUUGCUUCAUUUUUUAUCUACUCUGUUUGCAGAACUAUAGUGGCUAUGGGUACCAGAACACAUGGAACUACAAUCAGUAUUACCAACAGACCUGAAACUGAUUGGCCCAAGAUGCCCACAGCAUCCAUGAGACUGAGUGGCAGCUGCAGCUUUUUGGCCCACAGAUAGAAGCAACAUGAAGUCCAGGCAUGACCUGUAGCUGCUGCUGCUGCUGCUGCCGCCUCUCUGAGCAGCUGUAGAGAAACUUAACUGUCUCCAUCUGAAAAACUGAUUCUCCCUCCCCACAAAAGCUUUGUAUGUACUGAGCUGGCCCACCACCUAUUACGAGCCACAAUUUUCGUGUUUCCACGAUUCAGGGGAAUAUGUUGACACUUCUUAGAUGUGGAGGAUCUGAAAUCACAUAUUCCAUGCAGAGCUGUUGUUGUUUACCACACAAGGGAGGUUGCCACAGUCCUCCUUGGAGACCCUUUGGAUGAUGGAGUGACCAAGGACUACGUCUUGUCUGCCGCGGGAUUCUCUUAGCAGGCUUUACGAGGCCGAAUUGGUGUCUGUUAAAAUGAGUCCUCCUUUUUUUGUAAACUUUUUCUCCUGUACAUUUCAUGUGGUGUUAACUGUACAUAAACAGGAAUUCAUUACCAUGUCUUUACCAUCCUCCAUUUUCCUGCGAGAGGGGAGUGCUCAGGGGGUUAUUCUAGUAUGGGUUGGCAUAGUGCUUAGCCAAAUUUGUGGCUUUUCUUUUAUUUCUACUUGUAAUACAUGUUCUGCUCGCCUGGUUACUUUAUUUAACAGUGUAGGAGCAGGCAAUGAUUGCUGCAGUCUUCUCAUUCAAACUCAACUCUGCAGCUAGAUGGGCUCGAACUGUUUAUUCAACAACCCCCCUUGGAACAGGAAUUGUGUACAAGGGAUCAUUUGCUCUGGAAGAAGACUAAGUUUGACAAUUGGUUCUAAAACCUACUUGCUCACCUUAGAAGAAUAAAGCCAGGCAGAAUAAUCCAGCAAAAUCAGGUUCUUUAGCAAAAGUGCUCUUCCCUAACAAGGAACUCUAUGGCAGGCAUCUAGAAGUUCCACUUGGCCGAAAGUAGAAAAUGUUUAGGCUAUGCUUGCUCAGCACACUUGAAAGAGCCGUUUGUUUCCUGCAGUACAAAUGCAAACCUCUAGGCCUAAAUAAUCCCCCCCCCCCGCUCAUUAUUCCCACCCUACUGAUCAACAUUAUUAGAAAAGUGGACCUUACAAGAAGAUAGAAAACUAGUGAGAAUAUCUCUCAUUUAUUUAAAAGCCUUUGUCCAACAGCCACUUUUUUAAUUCCUGCUCAAAAAAUCCCUUGACGCGAAUCAUGCAGGAAACUUCAUUCACUUGGGUGACUGCUGUCCGCCCAGACAGCUGUGUGAUGAAUUCCUUCACUUCAUUUUCAAGGGCCUGGGGGGAAAUGAAAAAAAGGACAGAAAGUAGCAUGAUUAACCCACCUCAAUUUCCUAAUCACUGGCUAAGAACAGUACAGCCACCACUGUUGUAGUUGUUAAACAAUCCUCAACUCUCUGCUACCAAUAAGAUCACAGCCACUUGCUCCGGAUUAACCUGGAACUAUCCAUAGAUAGGGACGCGGGUGGCGCUGUGGGUUAAACCACAGAGCCUAGGACUUGCUGAUCAGAAGGUCGGCAGUUCGAAUCCCCGCGAUGGGGUGAGCUCCCGUUGCUCGGUCCCGGCUCCUGCCAACCUAGCAGUUCGAAAGCACGUCAAAGUGCAAGUAGAUAAAUAGGUACCGCUCCGGCGGGAAGGUAAACGGCGUUUCCAUGCGUUGCUCUGGUUCUCCAGAAGCGGCUUAGUCAUGCUGGCCACAUGACCCAGAAGCUGUACGCCAGCUCUCUCGGCCAAUAAAGCGAGAUGAGCGCCGCAACCCCAAGAGUCGGCCAUAACUGGACCUAACGGUCAGGGGUCCCUUUACCUUUUUAUCCAUAGAAAAUCCACUUAUUUUGUCAUCCUAGUAUAAGAAAAACCAACAGGGUGCAGUAUGCAAUGUGAAUAACACCUACCCAAAUAUCGCCUUCAAUCUUUCUGAUGACCGUCAUCUUCCUGCACCCUCUGAAGGUAGUAUCUGUGUAAACUGGGAUAUUGUGCAUUCGCGACCUCCUUACAAAAUAAGGAAGGUCAGGAGGUGGGUCUAGUGUAGGAGAAAGCAAAAUGUGUGGAUCUACAGAUGGUCACAUUUAUAUAUCUAAAUCAAAGCACAAAGCAGAGAGCUGGGUAUACUUGCCUCCCCUUCCUCCUCCAACCCUCCACUAAUUUUAUAAACAUUCCUAAUUUGUGUAAUUAAUUAAAGCCACAAAACAUCUUGAGGUUCUAGCAAGAGAAUAAGGGAAAGGGGUGAUGUGAAUCAGAAGCAGGUAGAAGUACUGACUUAAAAGGUUUAUACCUUGUGCAAUAAAUGAACUGUCACGUACAGGCACCUACUAGUGCCAGACUUGCUUAUCUCCAGUGACAGAAUGGUGUGAUGUGCUUUCUGCUGCCUUCUGUAUCUAGUUCAAACUUUACUUCCUAGGGUGCCGAAAGGAUACUACAUGUACAAACUCCUUCAGGGACCCCUUCCCUUCAAAAGCUAAGGGUGGGCAACUGCAUCUCGCUAUCUCCCUCACCUAUCACAGGUCAAGUUUGGCAGGUGGAUGCAGCUGUAUAUGAAGUCAGUCCAUCUUGUUCACUACUGUCUACACUGAGUUGCUCUCCGGGAUUUCAGUAAGAACUCUCCCAGGCCUACCUGGAGAUACCACCGGGAAUUGAACCUUGAACUGUCUGCAGUUAAAGAAGAUGCUCUACCAGUGAGCUAUGACCCUUUCUCUGACAUCAAGAUGACUUUUGACCACACGGUUCUUGCUGAGACCUUUGCAAACCAGACUAAACAGCCUGAUCUGUGGUGCCUGCAAACCCUCAUUCAGCUUAGCCAGGUCUUCACCAACCCCACACAUGAUGCCAUAAAUGAUGCCAGGGACAGGGCAGUUGGACCUGGUUGGGCCAAAAUGGUCUCGUGAGUCGAAUUGGGCCCUUACCUAAGACUCUGAACUAUUUAGAGCAAUCAAAUUACCCCUUCCCCUGUAUUUUACCUUGAGGUGGGCUCCAUCCAGAAGGGGUGGGAUAACUGUCAUGUUUCGGGGGUACUGGUACUCGAGAGGGAGGUAUAAGUCUCUCCACAAACCUAUAUUCAUUAGUAGAUUCAAUAAUCCCUGGAUAUUUCUGUUCUGUAGAGCUGGUUUCUGCUGAAGCUUGUCUCUGAAACAGAAAAACGUUAGUCAACUUACAAGAAUUUUGCUUGGGAAUAUCGUUACCAUUUUUCUGCUAUAAUAAUGGCAAAGAUAAAUUUGUCAGAGAGAAAUCACUUCAGCUAUGGAGAAUGAGAAUCAUAUGCUAAUGGGGAACUAAAACUAAAUGUUCCUAAAACAUUUUUUAUAAGUCUUAUUGAACCAUUUUGACCAGACAGAAUAGGCACAAUGUUUGAAGGAGAUCUUGCAAGGCCACCUAAUUCAACCCCCUGCUUGAUGGGGAAAUCCAGAACUAGAACAUCACUCAACAGCUUGCCCUAAAAGAUGGCUUCCUAGCCUCUGUUUGAAGACCUUCAGCAAGGAAGCACCCACCCUGUAGGGGAAAUGCAAAAGACCAUUGUAAUUUUGAGGAGUUAGAUGACAUGUCUCCUUCCCUUUUACAUCCCCGGUUUAAGGUUUGCUGAUUCAUGAUAGUAUAAUUUGUUUUUCACACACGUGUGUCAGGAGUUUCCUGGGUCCCCUGUGUUCUAAGUGCUGAUUGGCUAGUGGGGAGGAUACCCAGUUGCAGUGAAUUGAGUUGGAGACUCUCAGCUGCUCCACAUUAGUCACACCCGGUGUCCCGGGCUGGUCAUGAGUGAUGCCUGCUAACCAGGUGCAAUCAAUCAAAUCAAAGUUGGCUAUAAAAGCUGUAGGCUGAAGGGGCUCAGUGAGCUUCUUCACAGAUUGAGGUACCAGAUGCUGUGAGUGUGUUGGCCGGGGUCUCUCUUGCUGCUCUACCUGGAGUUCUGGGCAGCUGAAGGGGAGAUUGUGUGUGACUCCUGUCUGGUAUGCUAUAAUUUGUGUUCUGUAUGCCUGCUGCUAUCUGUUAACCUUACGCAAAUAAAGCAUUGCUUAUUCUUCA